CCUAAAAAACCUAAAUUGUUCAAUCUCAGGCGAGGUCACAGGUCGCUGUGUUGUCUACAACUAACCACAGUAUUUGUGUUUUAGGCUAGUGCAAGUGAUUGGGCUUUACCCACAACUUGCAGCGGGAACGGUAACCUACGACCUCCGCUGUUGUUCGACUUUCCGUAUUUUUACCUAACAGUGGUCGACGUUGAGUCAGCAUGUUGAUUCCUAGAUUCGACGGGAGCUUCAGAGUGGGUAGAGCUCGCCCCCAGCAACACCCGUGUUAAUCCUGCCAUCUGAACGAGUAGAGACGAUCUCACGAGCGGCGUGAUUAGCGUCGGUUUCCGUCAUCGCGAAGCACAUGGUGAACAUCGCCAUCAUCAUCACCAACCACUGACCACUGAUCAUCCUUUAAGCAGUAAUAGCGAAGAUCCCGAGCAGCAUCAACAUUCUAGCCGUGGGAGCAGCGGCAACUUGGCUCCGCUCCACCACGUCACCAGCACCCAUCAUCGUCGCCUUCACCACCCCUCGUCCCCCAUGAAGCCGCGGUGGCCGCCAUGGAUGCCCCCCGUCCUCGUCCAACACCUCUCGCACCUACCCAAGCUCCGCAGCUUGUCAGCCGCGGUGCGCGCCUUGGGGCUCGGGCGGCGCGCUCCCGUGGUGGUUCUGUGCCUGACCGUCAUGUGGACGCUCAGCUCCGUGGGCCGGUUCCACGACAACCUGCGAUCCUGCGAUCCCUCGAAACACGGUGGCCGUUCCACGUCGUGCAAUACCCAGUCUGGCACAAGUAUACAAAGAGUACUCAUUCAAAGCAGUGACAUGCCAUCCGCGUGGUCCUCCGUUUCCCACCACUCCUCCUCCUCCUCCUCCUCUUCCUCCUCUUCCUCCUCCCCUUCCAGCCCCUCUCCCCCGAGCUCCUCCUCUGCCACCUCCGCCGCUUCUUCCUCCUCCACUCCCUCCGCCUCGUCGAUAGCCUCCCCGCUUUCCUCCACGUGUCCUCGGCUCACGAUAUUCUCCGCCCCCACCGCCUACAACGUAACGACGUACGCGCAUCGUCGCGCGCUGCUGUCGUGGCUGCGGCUACACCCCGUCCCCCGGGUGGUGCUCCUCGGCUCGCACCCGUCGCUCGAUGCCCUCGCGGCGGAGUUCCCGGACCACGUGACAGUCGAGGGCGACGUGGACGUGAAUCUAGAGGGCGCGCCGCUGCUAAACUCCGUCCUCGCGCGGAUACAAGCGGAGAGCUUGCCGUCCGCGCAGUCCCCUCCUGCGCACCACUCCUCCUCAUCCACCUCCUCCUCCUCCUCGUUACACACUGCCUCCCUAUGCGACAUGGUCAUGCUGGUGGAUCCCGACGUGCUCCUAUUCAACGACAUGUUCUUCGCUGCGCGCAAAGUGGCUGCGCGGUUUCCGUCCUUCAUGAUUCUCAUGGCCUCCUGGGACGUCCAUUCCUUCCGCUUCCCCUUAGACGGCCUCCCUCCCUCCAUUCAAAGAAAGCACGCCGCCGCUUCCGCAUCGGCAGUGGUGUCGUCGCUAGGGUCCGAGGCGGCGUCUCCGCAGCCGGUGGACGAGCAGAAGAUCAGAGACUUCGUGCGCCGUCGCGGCCAGUUGAACAUAGGCGGGGGGGUGGGGGCUUUUCUCUGGAACCGUCCCGCGGAUUCCCUCUUACCCGAUAACGCCACCGUUCCGCCCUUCUUCCUCGGCCGGGGGGCGUACGAGCGCUGGCUCGUGCACAUGGCGUCCGCCGCGGGGGCAAACGAGGGGGAAGCGGACAGGGCAGGGGCGGGGGCUGGCGCAGAUAGCGCGGGUAGCGGUAGCGGGGGAGCGGGGCGGAAAGGGCACAACCAGGGGAUGAAUGAGAUUCGGAUCAACAGCAGAAUACGGCAGGUGGUGGAUGCGAGCGACUCGGUGACGGCAGUGCGGGUGUUCUCGGCGCUGGAUGUGCAGAAAGAGGUGGAGAUGGUGCGCGAGCGAGCCAUGGAAGAGUUCCCCCAACCCAAAAAGCCGCGCGUGCAGCGCGCCUGGUGGCAGCGGCGGGGGCCUGCGGGGGAAGGCGCGAGCGCGGAGGAGCGGGAGAAGGCGGAGGAGGAGGAGGGGGAGGAGGCGGAGGAGGAGCUGCUGCGGUGGCACCCGCUGCCGCGGAAGAACGUGAAGGGGUGGGAGGUGUACGCCAACAUGCACAUGGCGCGAUUCCUCUCCCCCACGCCCUUCUCCGAACUGCUGGGCACGCCGGGCCACGCGCCCUGGCGCCUCACACCCUGCUUCGACCCGCAAGGCGAGUCCAUGUGCUUGCUGCGACGGCGGCGGCCCGGCAACUGCACGUGCGAGCAUGCGCCGCUGGCGCGCCACACGUCGGAGGACAUCCGCCUGCACGACGGCACCUGGUGGUUCUGCGGCCGCCUGCGCUCCCUGCCCCCCGAGUCCUUCGCCCUUAACAUCCAGCCCGCCCCCUCCCACUCCUCCAUCCCCACCACCACCGCCACCCUCCUCACCUCCUCCUCGUCCUCCUCCACCACCGCUACCACCUCCUCUUCUUCUUCCUCCUCGUCCUCGUCCUCCUUCUCCUCCAGCAACCGCUCUGCCUCUUCCUCCCCACUGUCCUCAUCGUCCUCCACCCCGUCCCCCAUGGCGGUGCGGCAGCGCAUCGCGUCGCUGCUGCAGCUGCCGUCGUCGUCGUCCCCUCUGGACGCCAUGGCCGAGAGCGCGCUGGCGGGUGCGGCGUUCUGGCGCGGCGUGGAGGGCAUGCCGCACACGCUGGAGCAGCUGCUGCCGCGCGUGUCAGACCGACACCAGACCGUGGUGCUACUGGUGGCGGGCAGCAAGGACAGAACCGCGACGCUCAACUUUAUCUGCAUGUUGCGGCGGCUGGAGAUCACCAACUUCAUGCUGGCAGCGCUGGAUGCCGACAUGUACUCCUCCGCCUUCCUGCAGGGCCUCCCGGUCUUUCUCCACUCCUCCUCCGCCCCUCGCUCCCCCCCCUCCUCUUCCUCCCUCGCAUCCUCCAAGCCGUGCCCUGCCUCCUCCCCCUCAUCUUCCUGCCAAGAGGCAGCAGCAGCAGCAGAGGAGGCGGAGGCAGCAGGGUCGGUGGCGUCGGCGGUGGUGGCAAUAUCGGUGCAUGUGCUCAGACUUGGCUACUCCGUGCUGUGGUCCGAUGUGCAUGCCGUGUGGUUCAGCAACCCCCUGCCGCACCUCCUCUCACUCGGACCCAAUGUGCUCUCUGUGCAGAGCGCAGAGACGAGUCGCCGGCGUGCGGGCAAUGGGGUGCGCAGCAUAGGCGGGGGGCUCAUGUUUGCGCACGCGGACCGUCCCACGCUGGAAGCCCUCGAGGCCGUGGCGGCGUACGCAGCAGCGGUGCGAGCAGAGGCGCAGGCGGACAGCGCUGCCGGCACCGAGGGCAGUGGAGAUGGCGGCGCUGGGCGGGUGGGCGGGGUGGAGGUGGAGGAGCACCGGUCGGCAUACGACGUGCUGUGUGGGGAGAGGGGCGAGCUCAAGGUGGGGAGGGACGAGUGCCGGUGGGGCAAGCACCUGAGAGUGCUGUUCCUGGACCGCCAGCACUUCCCCAACGGUGCUGUCUACUCCAUCUGGCGCUCGCGCAAUGCUGCCGCCGCCUGCCACCGCCUGGGAUGCAUCACACUGCACAAUGGGGUCAUUGCUGGGCGAGAGGCCAAGGCAGAGCGCCUUAGGCGGCAUGGGUUGAUAUACUACGAUGAGGACACACGCAUGUGCAUGCACUCAUGGCACCCGCGAUUCCAUGCCAGAGACCACUGAACUGAGCUGACGGUGGGAGCCGUGAUGCGGCCGCAGCAUGCUUGUGCUGUCGCGCUUGGGCAGCAAAGCAGCACAUGUUAUGCACACAACGCAACCCCUUGGUGCGUGGAUUGCGCUUGCAUGGGAGAAGGGAGCAGAUGGCGGUCUGGUUUGGCCAGCAUACGGUAUUUAUACUGCUUUCCAUGCCAUGAAACCCUUGCUCCCAACCAGCCGCCUUGGCUUCUCCUUAGCACCUCAAGUAUGGACUCUUGGCGCCCUUUCAAAUAGUGAUGGCAUAAGGCCUCCUGCCAUUUUGCUAAGAAGCACAUAGGUUAUACCGUUAGGUCCGAUUUCCAUUGUUUGCCCUGCCUUUCAGGGCCCUUAGGUCAUUGCGCAUGCUGUAGUGACUACAUGUGUGACGUUUAUAGAUCACUUGCAACCAUUCAUAGGUGCAGCUAUUGCUGCUCUGAAUCUCCCGCUCAUGCAGCGGACUGCUUCUCUACUGCUCCCAGCGAUGAUUUUGAAUUACU